AUGGCGCCGCUCGGCCAGACGAUCGCUGUGAUUGACAAGUCCGGCAAGGUUGUUAGCACGAGUAAACAACUCUUCGGCGUUUUCAGUCAAGCAAAAGCUGCAUAUCGCGAACGCAAGGCCCAUUUUGACUCGGAGCGCAAUGCCAAGAUUGCGGAGCAGCAAGCACUGCAAGCUCUCGCCACCUUCCAGAUUGAAGACUCCCCAUCAGUAGCACCAUCACGGCGAAGUCGCGCCUCGAGGUCACGACAUCAAUCAAGUCGUAGUGUGCACCAUCGCCGUCCCCCUUCUCGGUACGAGCAAGAUUUGCAUUCCAGUGCGUCGAGACCCGAAUCGGCCUUUGAAGCGCCAACGGGGCUUCCCCGCAGACAUACCCAUCAUGAGGUCGCACUUCGCCAGCCUGAGGCAAGACCAACAACUGCCCGCUCCAAAUCCGAUGCUCACAUUGAUAUGGAUCUUGCAUAUGGUGAUGCUCACCCGGUCGCGCUAGCGAAGUAUAGCCCGGCGGUGGAGAAUGGGGAUGAUCAAAAGCAGCUGGACGGCCUGGUAACUCGGGCGCAGUGGCUUUUGGAAGAAGCGCAUUGUAUGCAGCAUAGUGCUACCGCCACUAUCGCUCAUCUCCAGAAAAACCCCGAUGCGAUGGCUGCGGUCGCUCUCACUCUGGCGGAAAUCAGCAAUGUCGCCGGCAAAAUGGCACCAACGGCGCUUACUGCAUUCAAGUCCGCUGCUCCGGCAAUUUGGGCCCUACUAGCAAGCCCACAAUUCUUGAUCGCUGCUGGUCUCGGACUGGGAGUGACAGUAGUCAUGUUUGGAGGAUACAAGAUCAUCAAGAAGAUCCAGUCAGGAGCCACUGGAAUUACCCAAGAGCCGACUGUCGUGGGUCCAGACGAGGAGGAAGAGAUGGAAGAGUUGAUGGAGCUCAAUGUGGAAUCGGGCAGCCGUGUUGAAAUGUGGAGGCGCGGCGUUGCAGACGUUGAAGCCGUCAGCAUGGGAACAUCAGUAGACGGUGAGUUCAUUACUCAGCGAGCAGCCGCAUUGUCUGGAAUCGACGUGACCACAGCGCGCAUGGAGAGAGAUCCACGCUUCAAAUUCGAUGAUGAGACUUCGGUGGUCUCAUCCCGUCGGUCUCGUCGGUCGCGCACAUCCAGAUCACAUGCACGCGCGUCCUCAGAGGGGCACUCCAAGAGGGAGUCCAAGUCUGCUCCUAAGAGUUCUGCGGGAAUGUUCUCCAGAUCAACCAGAGAGCCAUCAAAGGCACCCAGCCGAGCACCGAGCCGAGCUCCAAGUCAAGCCCCAAGCAAAGCCCCGAGCAGAUCUUCAAGCAGAGCGCCUAGUAGAGCGCCUUCUAAGUCUGGCACUCCUGUGUCAGAAAAAGAGAAGCGGCCGAAGGAGAAGAAGAAAGGCCCAAGCCGCUUACGUCUGAUGUUCACUGCUUGA